GGCCCAAUAAUAUUCCUGUGAAUGGGAGUGGUGACCAGAGAGCUCUGCACUUUGAAAGGCUUGCAGUGAGUGAAGUACUUGGUUGAAUGUGGAACAGCCCCUCUGCUGGAACACUGCCUGUGCGCUGGGCUGCAGAGCCACAAUGAAGUGUCUUUGUGUGAAGUGAAACAGAUCACAGCAACAGGGUUGCUGCGUGCAGAUGGGAGGUGAGAUAAUCUUGCACUCACUCCAUACUUUCACUGGCGAGUACUGACAGACGAUUGAAAAGAAGUUGCUUUCAGAAGAAUCAUUUCAGUUUGUGGUUUGGAUGCCUCGGAGGUGAAGAAAUUUUUAGCACACUGUUACACAAUCAAUGGUUCUGGCUAUCUCUUUGCAAGAUGCACAAUGUGGCUAGUUGCACUGUAUCCCUGGGAUCACUGGGAUUGAUGCAGCUCCUGGGAAUUUCCUGGACCUGGAGCAUUGCUGCCAGUUUGGGCAUUUAUCUAGGAACUGGAGGAUGGAGGUUUAUUCGAAUCGUGUUGAAAACUGCCCCUAGAGAUAUCUUUGGGCUGUUGUUGCUGAUGCGUGUUAAGCUAGCAGUGAAUAAACACCAGAAGGACGACAGUACCAUCCCGAAGAUCUUCCAGAGAACGGUGAGGAAACACCCGGACAAAGUGGCCCUCAUUUACGAAGGAGCAGAUGAAAGCUGGACCUUCAAGGAACUCGACGAGUACUCAAAUGCGGUGGGGAACUUCCUGCUCGAGCAGGGCUACCAGUCGGGGGACGUCAUUGCCUUAUUCAUGGAGAGUCGGCCUGAGUUUGUUGGCCUGUGGCUCGGCAUGGCCAAAGUCGGGGUGGAGGCCGCCCUGCUCAACUUCAACCUUCGCCUAGACGCUCUCACUCACUGCCUGUCUGUGUCAGGAGCCAAAGCCAUCAUCUUUGGAGCAGAGAUGAGCGACGCUCUGUUGGAAGUGAACGGAAUACUGGGGAAAAAUGUUCGGAAAUACUGCAGUGGGAACUGGGACCCCAGUAAAGUUGCAGCUGGGAUUGAACAUCUAGACCCGCAGCUUAACGUAGCGUCUAAAUUCGCCCCCUCUCCUCCUCCUUCAGUAGGAUUCAUGGAUCGCCUGUUUUAUAUCUACACAUCUGGCACCACUGGAAUGCCCAAAGCUGCCAUUGUUGUGCACAGCAGGUAUUAUCGGAUGGCUGCAUUUGCAUAUUACGGAUUCCAGAUGAGGCAUGAUGACAUCAUUUAUGACUGCCUGCCAUUGUAUCACUCAGCAGGUAACAUCGUUGGUGUGGGGCAAUGCCUGCUGCACGGCCUGACCGUGGUGAUUAGGAAGAAGUUCUCAGCCUCCUGUUUCUGGGACGACUGUGUGAAGUACAACUGCACCAUUGUUCAGUACAUCGGUGAGAUCUGCCGCUAUCUCCUGAAUCAGCCGACACGACCUGCUGAGUCCCAGCACCACGUUCGCAUGGCGAUCGGCAACGGGCUGAAGCCCUCGGUCUGGGAGUCCUUCGCCAGCCGCUUCCGCAUCGAGCGGGUGGCCGAGUUCUACGGGGCCACCGAGUGCAACUGUUCCAUCGCCAACCUGGACGGCAAGGUGGGGGCCUGCGGCUUCAACAGCCGGAUCCUGCCCCGCGUCUACCCCAUCCACCUGGUGAAGGUGAACGAAGACACCCUGGAGCUGAUCCGUGGUCCCGGGGGGCUGUGUGUGCCUUGCAAACCAGGGGAGCCAGGACAGCUUGUCGGUCGGAUAAACCAGCAUGACCCGCUCCGCCGCUUCGACGGAUACGCCAACGAGUCUGCCACAAAUGAGAAGAUUGCGUACAAUGUGUUUAAGAAAGGAGACUGCGCCUACCUGUCAGGUGAUGUUCUAGUGAUGGACGAACUGGGCUACAUGUACUUCAAGGACCGAAGCGGAGACACUUUCCGGUGGCGGGGGGAGAACGUCUCGACCACGGAGGUGGAGGGCACUCUUAGCCACCUGCUAAACAUGACCGACGUGGCGGUGUAUGGCGUGCAAGUGCCAGGCGUGGAAGGGAAGGCUGGAAUGGCUGCGAUUGCGGAUCCCGACGACAAGGUUGACCCCGGGCACCUGUACCAGGAGCUGAUGGCAGUGCUUCCCCCUUAUGCCAGGCCUGUGUUCCUUCGCAUCCUCCCUGCCGUCGACACCACAAGUACUUUCAAGAUUCAGAAGACCAGGCUACGCAAACAAGGUUUCGACCCACAUCAGACGCAGGACAAGCUCUUCUUCCUCGAUUCAAAACUGUGCAAGUACAUCCCUUUAGACAGGAAAGUCUAUGAGAUGAUUCUGGCCGGGAAUUAUCAUCUUUAGAUUAGGAAGCCAAUUCUGGCAUGUUAACAAAGUAAACUUGAAUUACAGGAAAGAUGGGGGAAGAUCUGGGAUAUAAACUGUGCACCAAGCAGGAAAAGAAGCUCCUGUGGACUGAAACACUAUUUGGCCACUGAUGUUGAAUUCCGGGUCUCUGAGUAGCUCUGGAAUAAAUCACGACCCGGGCUCCCAACCCACAGUCGGGACCAGUGUUCCUGGAGCCGGAUCUAAAAUCAGGAAUUCAGAACCAACGUGCAACUGCCUACUGAUGCCCAUGGAGUGGGAAUCCACGGGUCUGAUUCAAAAGCAGGAAGCGUACAAAUAAGGAAUUCUUGCACUGCAGUCUCUGCUCUGGGACAACGUCCUGUCAACAUGCCAGCCGCUGGAAGUGAGAUGAGGCAUAAAAGUAACAGUCACUGACUCUCCCUGCAGUCAUGCUGGCUUCAAACCACGUCCCGCUCUCUGCCUGCAGCCAUCAUGGUUCAGUUUCCCCUUGUGUUUCCCCUAUUAAUCUACACCCUCGGUGUACAGUAGUGCGGCAGCCAAUUCCCUGCUUCUCCGCGUGGUGUGUGUAUGUGUGUGUUACUGGAUAUUUUGUGUGUUUGGGUAUUUUUCUGUGCCUACAUGAGGCUGGGGAUUCUGUGUCCAUGUGCAUGUGCCUGUAUAUUCGUGUGUGUGCAUACUUGGGGAUUCCUCUGUGUGUCCGUGAUGUGUGUGUGUGUGUGUGUGUAGGGGGUUGAUUUUUGUAUGUGUAUAAGGAUGUUUGUGUGUGUAUAUAUGUGUGUGGAGGGGGUUAAUUUUUGUAUGUGUGUAAGGAUGUUUGUGUGGAGGGAGGGUGAUUUUUGUAUGUGUGUGUGUGUGUGUGUGUGUGUGUCUGGGAUUUCCCUGUACAUGUCUGGGGAUUUAUGUCUGUGUGUGUGUGUGUAUCUCAGUGAGAGAACCUGGAUAUUUCCCUGUAUGUCUCGAUUCUUUGUGUUUGCAUGCAUCUGUGUCUGCAGAUUUGUGUGUGUGUAUGCGAGUGUGCACUUUCACUGCUGUUUCGGGAUCCUGCUGUGCCCGCUGCUCUGGAUCGCGUCAGUCGGUCUUGGAUUCAGCUCAGCAUUCAGCGGGUACAGCAGAAGCAAGUCAGCUUCCUCAAACUCGGUCCGUUUAAGGCACUUCCCUCAGUGUGAGGAAUAGAGCUGCUGCCAGGAAAUAAUUUGUUGAAUUGAGAGAAGUUUGUCCAGGAUUCUUGCUGGCUCACACACCCCUGUGUCUGUGUGACUCUAUCUGGGGUUGUUCAGUGAUGUGGAGCUCUGGGGCAUUCAUUCCUUCCGCCCAUUUUCUGUCAACUCAGAAGCUCUCCCCACACAAAGAGAGGAGCUGACUUGGUGAUUGAAGGAAUAACAGUGAGGGAUAAUGCAGGGAGCUCCUGAGUGUGGGUUGAUACCCCAACACGACUCAGCCCACCUGCAGCACUGACCGACCUCUGCAUCGACAGUCACAUCUCUGCUCAAGCACAAAGGGUUGGUGUCACUCUCUUGAGAUUCCAGCCGUACGCUGCUCCACAGCUGCUCUGUCUGUCCCUGAUGCUCAGCGCAACUCGUCGCUCACAGGCAAGCUCCCCUUCUCCCUCUGGCCCUGGGCCAGCUAUAGCAGGGCAGGUGGGGGAAGCCGAUCUCCCACCGAGACCAGCUCCCCCACCGUCAGGGCGAAGCAGGGACCAGUGCUGGCAAAACUGUGUCCACCUGCCUGACUUUCUCCACACCAUCUCACAGGGAUAGAAGGAAGGACCCUCAUUUCGAGUAUCUUUUCAGAUACCCCUCAACAAUCAAAUGCCUACGUCCAGACAGAAAUAAUUCAGUGGAGCUGAAAGAAGGUAAAAGAUAAUUCUUAGCAGAGACUGCAACCAAGAACUAGUAGGUUAAUUCACAAUGCUUUCUGCAUCCCAACUCCAGCAGAAGAAACGUGUUUUCUCCACAUGCAGAAUGUGAUCUCUACUUCAAGGAAUAUUAAAAACUCAUAGGAAUUGUUGAUUUUAUUUUUGACUCUAUUUACAGUGGGAAAUUGAUUGAAAGAGUCUUCAACAACUUGGCCUGGAGUUAGCCAGAACGAAAACACUCUGGACUUUAUUGUCAGAAGCACAAGUUUAAUGUUUAGCUGUAAGAAUGUGUCAAAGCCACUUUAUUUCCAUUGAUGAACAAGAACGGGAUGUUCUGACCAAAAAUGGGUAUAAGUUGGGAAACUUUAAUCUUGAUUGAAACUGACAUAAGUGGAAGUUAGUAGAAGAUGAUUGAUUUCACUAGCUUGUAACAGUUUACCUCUUUUUUUUGAAGGAUUGAUAUAUCUUAGGAAUUGAUUUAACCAGCCUAGCCACUCACUGUGGUCUACUUAUCAGUCAGUAGUACAGUAGUGCGUAUUGUAUGUUUAUUGGUGAAUUUGAUUAAACAUUGUGUGCCUUAAA